UUGAAUCACUGUUUGGGAUUUUCUUUGUGUCGAGAUUUUUUGGCUACAAUUCCCUUUUUACCAAUUUGGGUAGCACAUUUGAAAAUAAAGGUCUGUCCUCCCCCUCUCCUCCGGCCUCCAAGAUAGAUUCCCUCAGGAGUAAGGUUGAGCUCCUCCGCCUGCCUCUGGCCCUCUCCUCCAAGUCCAUCAGCCACCGCAAGAGUCAGCUGGGCGGAGCCGGGGAGCGCGGCACGGGGGGAGGAGGGACCCACAGGGGCAAACCCCGCCCACCGGCCUCCGACAUGGACAACGAGUCGCAGUAUUCAGGCUACUCUUAUAAGUCCUCGCACUCCCGCAGCUCCAGGAAGCACAGGGAUAGGCGGGACAGGCACCGCUCCAAAAGCAGAGACGGCAGUAGUCGUGGAGACAAGUCAGUCACCAUCCAGGCCCCCGGAGAGCCUCUACUGGACACAGAGUCCACCCGUGGAGAUGACAGGGACGAUAACUGGGGUGAGACCACCACCGUGCAGACGUCAGAACACAGCGUCUCUAACGAGGACUUGACCCGCGUCUCCAAGGAGCUCGAGGAGUCCUCCCCGUUGGAAUGCCGUCGUUUCCUGGGCCCUGCGUUGGGCGCCGUCCUGGGCCUCUUCGCCCUGGUCACUCCCCUGGCCUUCCUGGCUCUGCCCCAGCUGCUGUGGCGUGAGUCCCUGGAACCCUGCGGCACGCCCUGUGAGGGCCUCUACGUCUCACUGGCCUUCAAACUCCUGGUCCUCCUCAUCUCCACCUGGGCUCUGUUCCUGCGCCCGCCGGGCGCCACCCUGCCCCGCCUCUACGUCUUCCGCUGCCUGCUGCUGGCGCUCGUCUUCCUCUUCGUAGCGUCCUACUGGCUGUUCUACGGCGUGCGCGUGCUGGAGCCCCGGGAGAGGGACUACAGGGGUAUCGUGGGGUACGCGGCGUCGCUGGUGGAUGCCCUGCUCUUCAUCCAGUACCUGGCCUUAGUGCUGCUGGAGGUCAGACACCUGCAGCCUGCCUUCUGCCUCAAGAUGGUGCGCACCACAGACGGGGCUAGUCGCUUCUACAACGUGGGACACCUCAGUAUCCAGAGAGCAGCAGUGUGGGUGCUGGACCAGUACUACAGUGAUUUCCCAGUCUACAACCCUGCUCUCCUCAACCUGCCCAAGUCCAUCCUCUCUAAGAAGACUUCUGGCUUCAAAGUCUACACUCUGGGAGAAGAGAACAGCACCAAUAACUCGACAGGUCAGUCCAGAGCGAUGAUCGCUGCGGCGGCCCGCAGGAGAGACAACUCCCACAACGAGUAUUACUACGAGGAGGCAGAGAUGGAGCGCAGAGUCCGCAAGCGCAAGGCCAGGCUGGUGGUGGCGGUAGAGGAGGCUUUCACGCACAUCAAGCGUCUCCAGGACGACGAGCCGGCCGCCUCGUCCCCCAAACACCCCCGUGAGGUGAUGGACCCCCGGGAGGCGGCUCAGGCCAUCUUCGCCCCCAUGGCCCGGGCCAUGCAGAAGUACCUAAGGACCACGCGCCAGCAGCCCUAUCACAGCAUGGAGAGCAUUAUCAACCACCUGCAGUUCUGUAUCACGCACAACAUGACCCCCAUGGCCUUUCUAGAGCGCUACCUCUCCCCAGGCCCUACCAUGCAGUACCAACGGGAGAAUGGUAGGGGGCGCCAGUGGACCCUGGUGAGCGAGGAGCCGGUGACGUCCGCCCUGCGCCCGGGUCUGGUUUUCUCCCUGCGCCGACUCGACUUCUCCCUGGUCGUCACUGUGGCGCCCCUCCCAUUCCUCCACCUGGGGGAGGAGUUUAUCGACCCCAAGAGCCACAAGUUCGUCAUGAGGCUGCAGUCGGAGACCUCUGUGUAGAAAUGGAGAGAAGACAAGAAAUUAAAGGAUAGAUGUGGGAGAAGAGAUGAUACGAGUGAGGAAAAGAGACUAUGUUUAAAAUUUGCUCAAAGCCCAACUCUCAGCGUUGACCUCUGCGAGAGAGGGAGAGAAGACACAAAGGUGAAGAAAGAAAGAAGGAGAGAAUGAGGUAGAGAGAAUAUGAGAUGGGGAAAGGAACAGAGAGAGUGACACAUUUUCAAUUUUACUCAGAGCCCAACUCUCUGGGUCCUCUCUUACUGUUUUUAACUGACCAAUCAGACAUUCCGCAAUCCAAUCAGACACUUCACCUAGACCUGAGUGUGUUGACACCAUGUAAGCUUGAUACUGUUACCAAGACUGUGCAGAGUCCUAGGGAGUUAUUACACUUACACAGACCUUAAUACAGCUCAUAGCUCUGUUUAUAACGAUGUAAUAACCACCUUAUGUGAUUUAAAGCCACCCCAAACCCUUUACGAUGAUGAUGAUGACUGUUCAACGCAACACAAUUGCUGUGUUUUCUCAAAAGCCCCGGAUUUUGGUUAGAAAAACUCAUAGUAGACUUUCUUGGUUCUGCAUUCCACAGCAUAUAUACGCACCCUAUUCCCUAUAUAGUGCGCUACAUUUGUACCCUAUUUUCUAUGGGCCCUGGUCAAAAGUAGUGCACUAUAUAGGGAAUGGAGGGUUAUUUCAGACGCAUCCUAGAUGUAGCACUGUCUAGACAGCUAUCUCUUUUCACACAAAGCAGUGGAAAUGUAUGUGGCGUCUGCCACCAAGGGCUGGAGGAGAGACCUCUGGCCGUCCUGUUUAAUUAACUGUGUGUGUGUGUUACUUUGUUACAGUCAUUGGGACCAGUAUGUUUGUCAUUCCUUGGCAAUAACUGCACUAAAUUCACAACCAGCCUAUUGAAGUUGACAUUACUAUGAUACUCAGGGCGCAACUUUCACUGGGGAUGGGGGAACAUGCCCCCCCCCCCCCACACACACACAUUCUGAAAUUGCAUUUUGUGCUCCCCAGUUUUAUCAUUGGAAUGUGAUACAAAACGAGGCAACGGUGUGCGUUAGGACCAUGCGGACACCUCCGAGUGGUUGGAUAGGCUGUUUGGAGUGUUUAUCAGACCAAAAAUGAACAUAAUAAUAAUAAUAAUUAGGUCCCCCCCACUUCUAAUACCUCAUUUGCGCCCCUGAUGUUACUAACCAAUAAGCUGAUGGGCUGUUAAGCAGUAUUGGCUCAACGAACAGAUACAUGUGAAAGGAACACUUACAUGUAUGAAAAAUAACUAGAAAAGUCAAGUUUCAAGUAAAAACUGUAGUUGCAAAUCAGCUACUACAUCAACCAAUCAGGUGAUUGAAAUAUCAAAUCAAAUUUAUUUAUAUAGCCCUUCGUACAUCAGCUGAUAUCUCAAAGUGCUGUACAGAAACCCAGCCUAAAACCCCAAACAGCAAACAAUGCAGGUGUAAAAGCACGGUGGCUAGGAAAAACUCCCUAGAAAGGCCAAAACCUAGGAAGAAACCUAGAGAGGAACCAGGCUAUGUGGGGUGGCCAGUCCUCUUCUGGCUGUGCCGGGUAGAGAUUAUAACAGAACAUGACCAAGAUGUUCAAAUGUUCAUAAAUGACCAGCAUGGUCGAAUAAUAAUAAGGCAGAACAGUUGAAACUGGAGCAGCAGCACAGUCAGGUGGACUGGGGACAGCAAGGAGUCAUCAUGUCAGGUAGUCCUGGGGCACGGUCCUAGGGCUCAGGUCCUCCGAGAGAGAGAGAAAGAAAGAGAGAAUUAGAGAGAGCAUAUGUGGGGUGGCCAGUCCUCUUCUGGCUGUGCCGGGUGGAGAUUAUAACAGAACGUGGCCAAGAUGUUCAAAUGUUCAUAAAUGACCAGCAUGGUUGAAUAAUAGUAAGGCAGAACAGUUGAAACUGGAGCAGCAGCAUGGCCAGGUGGACUGGGGACAGCAAGGAGUCAUCAUGUCAGGUAGUCCUGGGACAUGGUCCUAGGGCCCAGGCCAGUUGAAACUGGAGCAGCAGCAUGGCCAGGUGGACUGGGGACAGCAAGGAGUCAUCAUGUCAGGUAGUCCUGGGGCAUGGUCCUAGGGCUCAGGUCCUCCGAGAGAGAGAAAGAAAGAGAGAAGGAGAGAAUUAGAGAACGCACAAUUAGAUUCACACAGGACACCGAAUAGGACAGGAGAAGUACUCCAGAUAUAACAAACUGACCUAUCACUGAAUAGACCAAUAAACGGACUGUUAUUUUCAUUGGACUAAAUCUGCUUACUGUGGGUUCUUCAAGAGACAGCUGACGAAUGUUUAGGUGAAACACUAACCAGCUUUUCAUUUCUUUUUAUUAAGAAAUACAAUGUUUUUGUGACGUUAAUGGAUAAUAUUAUGUUGGACUUUUUAUCUGUAUUCCAGUGUUGGUUUUAUAUAAUGAAGGAGGAGGAACAGAUACAAGAAAACAGAACCACUUGUCAUGAGACAUUAUUUUGUUUUUUUUGUGCCAAAUCCCACUCAAGUCCAGAUACAGGGGCGCGUCCCAAUAACAUCUAUUUUCUCCUGAAGUGUGCAAUUUUGUACUACUUCCCACAAGUCUAAAAGCAUUGGAUUGGUAAAGGCAUGGGCUAGAGGGAGUUUCCACCAUGUUUCAUAUACCAGUCAUCACAUCGGUGAAGGGACGUGAACAAGUCAAGUGACAUCUUUGAGGAAGGAGCGAUACUUGGGACACAGCCAUAGUGUACCACAUGACUACUGUUCUGAACAUGUGACCAAAACACAGAAGUACAAAAUAAUAAAAACACCGUUGUCACAGGAGGUUGGUGGCUCCUUAUUUGGGAGGACGGGCUCAUAGUAAUGACUGGAAUGGAAUAGUAUCGAACUCCUCAAACACAUGGUUUCCGUAUUUGAUACCUUUCCAUUCUCUCCAUCACAGCUGUUAUUAUGAGCCGUCCCCCCUUUACAGCCUCUUGUGUUGAGUGCGUGGUGUGACUAAGAUGUGAGUAAUAUGGAAACAUUGUGCUUGAUGAUUUGUUUCGAUUCACAGGCUGAGGUGAAUAUCAGUAACAGUCCUAAUAGGUCCUGCACACACAAUGGUUCUUGUCCUUUUUGGCGGCUAACAGCUACAGUAGUCUGUUGUGUAUAAAUGGUUUGAUCCCUUUUUUUUUACAUGUGUACGGUAUGUUUAUUAGACCUUCAUUUCAUUAUGAACCCUGAUGCAUGUAGUUACAUGACGUUUUGUAAAGUUACAUUUUUUGCUGCAUUUUCUUUUGUUUCAUUUCAUGUCGAAGUGAAGUCCCUAACCUUGUUUUUUAAGACCAAUGUGAUGUAAAGACAUUUGAAGUUGAAAAAAUGUUUUAAUAUUGGAUCAUUUUAGGACAAAAUUGUUACAGCCUUUUUAAUAAAUGAUCUCUUGAUAUGA